CCUCAGGCCUGGGAUGCUCAGCUGCUCCUCCUGCCUCUGCCUGCUCCGAGGGAUUCCCCAGGAACCAUCCUGCCCAGCCCCAUGGUGAAGAGCUGCAGGGGCUGCCAAGGACCCCCUCGCUGAGAGCAGCCUCUGCCCAGGAGCAGCCGGCUCCUCACGGGAGAGGAAAUACCACAAUGCAAAUGAAAGCCACAACCCAAUUCAGCUCCUCCAGGAAUGACAGCAACUGCACCAGCGACAGCAGGAUCAGCCAAGUCAUCUUCCCUUUACUCUACACAUUUCUGUUCCUGGUGGGGAUCACGAUGAACGGCCUGGCAAUGUGGGUCUUCUUUAAAAUAUCCAGUAAAUCCAAUUUCAUUAUCUUCCUCAAGAACACUGUGAUUUCUGACUUCCUCAUGAUCUUGACGUUUCCAUUUAAAAUCCUUAGCGAUGCAAAGCUGGUGUCCUGGGUCUUGCGAGGGUUUGUGUGCCAGGUCACCCAGGUAGUGUUUUACUUCACCAUGUACAUCAGCAUCCUGUUUCUUGGUCUGAUAACGAUUGAUCGCUAUCAGAAAGCCACCUCACCAUUCAGAACAUCAACUCCACGGAGCCUUUUAGCUGCCAAGAUCCUGUCCACAGCCAUCUGGCUCUCCAUGUUUGCUCUCUCGUUGCCCAACAUGAUUUUAAAUAAUAAGAAGAAAACACCCAAGAACGUAAGGAAGUGUGCUCUCCUGAAAUCAGAGUUUGGCUUAGUCUGGCACGAAAUUGUAAACUACAUUUGUCAGCUCAUCUUCUGGGUUAGCUUGGCAGUCAUAGUGGUAUGUUACAUCCUGAUCAGCAAGGAGCUGUACAAAUCCUACAAAAGGACACGAUGCACAGGGAAGGCAUCUAAAAAGACUGUCAAUCUCAAGGUUUUCAUAAUAAUUGCUGUGUUUUUUAUUUGUUUUGUGCCAUUCCACUUUACCAGAAUCCCCUACACCUUGAGCCAAACAAGAGACGUGUUUGACUGCUCUGCUCAGAACACCCUGUUCUACCUGAAGGAGACCACGCUGUGGCUGACAUCCCUCAAUGCCUGCCUGGAUCCAUUCAUAUACUUUUUCCUCUGCAAAUCAUUUAGGAAAUCCUUGCUGGACAUGCUGUGCAAGUCCAGGGCAGUGUCAGGGCUCGGGGCACAGGCGAAGGGGCAGAACGAGGGGGAUGACACUGACGAGACGCCUCUCUAGAUCUCAGGGCUCCACACGCGUCUCCUGAGGGUGGCAGGAGCACAAAUCCACGAGGAGCAUCCAGAACUUCACUGACUUCUUUAGAAAUAGCCCUGCAGAUGAAGUGCGAGCACCCUGGAGCCACCACCACUGCCUGCAAAAAUAGAAACCUUAAAUAACAGAGGAGUCCCCCCAACCUCCACCCUUGCCAAAACAGGAGCUCCCCAGACCCCAACCUCCACGCCUGUCAGAACUGCUGGGAAGAAGCCUGAGCUUAAAGGUGGAACUGUGAGGAAAAACUUAAAACAGAAUCAUGAAAUGCUACAGAUGUUAUCAUGAACUGUAAAGAUUUUGCAGAAACAGCUAAACUUGGGCCAGAGUAAAGUUCAUGACACCACAAGACAUGAGAAAUGUAGAUAAAAUCCACAGUAGAUGUGAUUUUUCGAUACAGGGAGUCGUCACCUUGUACGCAACUGGCAGACAAACAGAAACCUAGAGAGAGCCAUUUGGGCAGAUUUUUGGUAACAGAAUAACACUUUGCUUAUCUCAUUCUAUGCUAGCAAUUCCUAAUCCAUUGACCAAUAAUUAACAGUUGUAUUUCAGAGGAAAUUAUUUCAUAAUCAGGCUUGAUAUUAAUUAAAUCCCCAAAUCCUUCCCCUUACUACAUAAAUAAACAAAGCUGUAUGUUUUCA